AUGGCGGGCAGAGUCUGGGCAGCCCUGGGACUCUCCUUAGCUUGCAUCUCGGCCCUUAGCCUCAUCUCUCCUGCCUGGUUCCAGUCCCACACCUUCUCCUUUGGCAUCCUUACCUACUGCUCCUGGCCUCGGGGUGAGAGCUGGAACCAGAGCUGUGGGACCUUCAGGUCCCUGGACGAUAUUCCUGACUUUGCCUGGAAGGUCUCAGCUGCAAUUCUCCUUGGAGGAUGGCUCUUGUUGGCCUUUAAUGCAGUUCUCCUCCUAUCUUGGGCCCUGGCCCCCAAAGGGCUGUGUCUCAGAAGGGGAAGUGGCCCAAUGCCAGGGGUGCAGGCAGUUGCAGCCACCUCUAUCACUGUGGGCCUGCUGGUUUUUCCCAUCAGCCUGGCCUCCCCAUUCGCCAAGGAAGCUUGUGGAGCCUCCUCUGUGUACCAUGGUGGGCAGUGCCAGCUGGGCUGGGGCUAUGUGACUGCCAUCCUCAGUGCAGUCCUAGCCAGCUUCCUGCCCAUGAUUGGACGGCCCCGAAUGACCAAGGUCCAGGGAAAGAUCAUCCUCUUCUCGGGUGAUACUGAGAAAAUCAUCCUCAUGCCAGAAAUGAGCAAAUAAAAAUAUCCCAGGAGAAGCAAAAAGGGUCCACUUCACAGUGGUAUGAAAUCUCUAUAAAUCCACAUUCAAAUGUCACCUCUGCAGCUUCUGUGCUGUGUGACCUCAGGCAAA